GUGUGGCUUCUAAGCCAAGAGACACAAGCCCCUUUCUCUCUUCUUUUUCUCUCUUCCCAUCGCCAUUGCCAUUGCCAUUGCCAAUCUCAUCAUAAAUAUUGCUUCCGUUUUCGUGAAUUCCCCAAUCGAUUCUGAUUUCCAUAAAUUUUAAUUUCGGGCAAGAAUGCAGAUCAGAUGUUGCAGGAGCUUCGUAUUAAUGGGGAUGCUGAUGGUGAUACUUUGUGCAUCGACAACUGUGCCUUCGGUGGUGACUUCGAAGAACAACGAAAGUACUUCUGCGACGUGGGUUGGAUCGAAAUACAACAUUGACUGCACAAUGUGCUCCGCUUGUGACAAUCCCUGCAACACGCCGCAGCCCCCGCCACCGCCGCCGCCGCCACCGAGCUCCAACGUCAAUUGCCCUCCGCCGCCUUCCCCCAGCAGCUCGGGGAACAACUACUACUCCCCACCGCCGCCAGCGCCUUCCACGUAUUACUAUCCGCCACCGCAGAAUCCGUCGUCCGGCGGUGGCUAUUUCAUACCACCGCCGCAGCAGUAUCCGACGGGGCCUACUCCGCCGCCUCCGAACCCGAUUGUUCCCUACUUCCCUUACUACUACUACAACCCUCCGCCGUCGUCGUCAUCGACAUCGUCGGUAUCCCCACCGUCCUUCCGCAGAAUCCUGACGCCGCCGCUGAUCCUGGUGGUCGUCACUUGGCUUUCCAGCUGUGCGGUGGUCUAUUGAGAAAACUAUUAAAUAUAUAUAUAUAUUUAUAAUACUACUCUGUUUUGGCUUUUGGUGGUAGAAAUUUGUUACAAGAGAAAUAGAUCAAGGAAAUAAUAAUAAUAAUAAUACUAUAACAAAUAAAUAAAUAAAUUAUUUUUGUGGUAUUGGGAUCGUAUCGGCGGAUCUCCCCUUGACAACUGGAAUUAAUGGCAAAAGCAGCAGAAUGAGGAAGACGAUAUUAUGAUGGAGUGGAGGGCUUUAUCUUAUCUGGAAGACAGACAACUUUAUUCGAAGCUAAGUACUGAAAUUCUUCUCUUUCGAUCUUUCUUGCUCUGUUACAGUUAAAAUUGUGAAAAUAAUUGAGAUCUGCAGCAGCAGCCACAUAGCUUAUUGAUUGAUUAGCUUAGGUUGCCCACUGAUUUUUUUUUUUUUUUUCCAAAGUUUUUUUUUGUAGAUGAUGAGAUGAGAUGAGUGAAAUGAGGGUCUCUAAUUAAUUAAUGAAUGAAUUACUCCCGUCUUGUGAAUAUCAAUAAAUCAUCAUCAUCAUCAUUUGUAGCUGCCUGGUGUUGUAAUAAUGUUAGGAAUUAAUGGGAUGGAGUCGAUCCAAAAUGCUUUUUGGAGAAGGCUUUGAAAGUGCUUUUUUCCAUAAAGCACUAGUACCACACUGCACUGCACUGGGGACUAAACUACUUUUGAUACAUGUGUAUAUAUAUCAAGCAUAGAUUCAAGAUUGGUUCUCUUUCUUGGUAGCUAGUUUGGGAGAAGUAACAAGUGAAUAAUGAUAGUUAGUUAGUUAUGUAGGUGGGUAUAAUUAAUUAGUUGGCACAGCACACAGCACAACACAACACAGAUACAAAUACAAAUACAAAUUAAUUGCUGCUGCUGCUAAUAAUUCAGCAGUAGGAGUAGGCAAGGCAGGCAGUAGUAGUGAUUCUUGUAAUCACUUACAAAUUGGUUAUAGACAUAGUAGUAGUAGUUAUACGA